AUGUCAAUAUGUAACUAUCUAGAUCUAGAAGAAGGGUCAACUAGACAGCUCACACUAAGCCGAAGGGAUAAGUGCGAGGCGAAGCUGCGGUUAGCUCGACGGAGUGUGCUUGGGGCCUUUACUGCGGCCCUUGUUGGAGAUAAACGCACAAACCAGCAUAUGAGCCGGCACGGCAGCUCUGAUGAAAUCCUGGCCAGCGUGAAGAAAGGCAACUAUUGGAGGAAUAAUACCAAGCCUGACGUCAUCCCCUCCACUUCCGUCCAGGAUCUGUCUUCCAUAGACACCCUUCCAAAAUCACGGCGAAGAUCCCGUCGAAACCGACCAGCAACCGCCUACGGCUUCCCAGAAAUCUCCAUCACCAACCAAUCAGACACCAAAACUAUGCGGCGCAAAUACCACACCCUGAAGAACCUGGUGUAUUCAGAGCCGGUGGAGAAUAUUAAGGAGUUGAGGAGAAGACCGAGAUCUGCUGGGUCUACUGUGAGGAAUAAGGAGGGGCUUAGUAGACCUAGUUUGAUGGAGACACUGGAUUUUAUUAAUGGCGUGAAGGAUGCGCUUUGUGUUGAAGAAUCCGGCACUUCGGACGCCGAGGACACAGGAUGGUCUCUAAGCGACGAGUGGCUGGUGGGUCAGACGGCGCCGCUAGCUAUGACGGCGACGCGCUGCGGCUGCCGCGCGUUGCACGCCGCGCUCGCUGACUUGCUGCCGGCGCUGUUACUGCGACGACAUUUUACCGUACUGCAGGAGCUCUGUUCGUGGCUGGGGGACUCCAGUGAGGGGGCUCUGUUCGCGCUCCAUCGACUGGCGAGAGCGGCUCGCUCUAGAAGCAGCGAGAGGAUCGCCAAUUCCUGGAAGCUUCCAGAACUCGAAGGGACGACAGAGGCUCCACAGACAUACCGAGCCAGGCCUCCAGAUUACGUGUCCGGGGAUGAGGCUCCGCAGCCACCACCGCUGCCGAGGAGAUCUAGUAGAGAUAAACAGUUCACAAAGCGGUACACAGACUACCUCUCGCCAAAGCUAGAAGCCCUAGAAACCCACCUCACCCAACUAGAGUUGGCCACUCGCCAGACCACCUAUACGGGCGUGCUGAAUCCCGUAUACGACGAGAAAAUACGGGACAAGUUUAACGUGAAGAGGUCCAAGUCGCUGGGCCGGAGUUUCAGCAAGACCAAGACGGGCUUGGAGAUUAACAGGUACAACAUUACACUGAGCCGCCGCUCCGGCGAGCGGACCAACGACGUCCUGUCAGCGAUCGCGGGCACGACCGACUCCGGCUUAGGGUACAAGGGGAAUUUCUUCCAGCGAUACAACGCCAGUGUCGUCGGCGACUCGUAUAAGGCGAGCAGGGUUACGAUAGAUUAAGUUUCCAUUUUCAUUAUCAUAUAAAGUGGGCCUCUUGUGGCCCACUGCUGGGCAUAAGCCACCCUUUAUGUACGCCAUCUUAUCCAGAAGUACCCAGGUGUAACAACGUUGUCUUGUCACAGGUUGGUUGGUUACGGUCUCCUAGGUCACUCUUUAAAUCUUAGUUUUUGUCGUAUUUAACAUUCAUUUUUAUGGCCGUUAAAAGGCCUUUCCAUAAAUGACCAUCAACUAAACAUGUUAGGUAGGAGUAGGACAUGGUCCUAUUGUCCUCUAGCUGACAAAUAACAACUAGAAACUGACUAAACAGUUGAUCCAGGGGUCCCGCAAGUUUGUUACCUAUCCAACGAGCUAACACUUCGUUAACAUUUUCGUCCACCUGCCAUCACUCU